AGAAGUUGUUUGGCGUUUCAGGAGUGCUAAACGUGAGCACGGACGUAUUGGGACUCCUUGUUUCAAGAAAAUAUAUAGCCUAAUGAUACUGAAUAUGUGGUCCGAUUUGCUCUCGAGAGAGUGCUCAACAGUAAUGGAGCUUCGUCUAAAAGAAAGUGGACUGUUCAGUUUGAAACAGUUCUGUCGAUUGAAUAAAAUGAACGCCGAGAACUACAUGUAGUCCAGUCCACUUUCUUUUAGCCUAAUAAUAAAUGGUUGCGUGUUCACUCGAGAAUUAUCGCGUUUGCUUAGAAUUCUAGAUAAAUGAAGGAUUAAGUUUUCAACCAGGCAACGGCAUAUGAUUUUAAAUGAAAGAUGCAGAUGUCAGUAGUGUAUCACGGGAGACUGAUGGUUCGAGGGGUCUGUUUCUUCUCUUGUAUUGACCUGAAUGGCCGAACGUUUUCGUCCCCCUUAUCCCUCAUUCACUUGAAGUCGGAAGCUUUUACUUCCCAUUGUGAGAGGUGAGCGAAAGCCUAAGAGACACGCAAAGGCUUGAGGUGCGAAAGGGUCAAAAUAAUAACAAUAAAAAUUAUCAGAAAAACGGGAGAGAGCCUUUACCGAUACGGCGUCCUCUAAACUUUCGUUCGCCUACUUGCUCAUUCGUUUCUAUGACAACUAGUUUGAAAAGGAGACGCUCGCGCAAGCGCACUAAUGCGAUAAACACUCUGGAAUUUCAAGAUGGCGCCAGGUAAGAAACAGAAAAAGUCGAAGUCAAAACGAUCAAAAGAUGGCCCUUCUGGAUUGAGCCAUAUUGCGUCCACACUUGUUCCAAGCGCCAUUUUUGCCGCAGUUCCGAGAACGCCAACGAAUUUAACUCAAACUUGGCCUCGACGAACACCUUCGCCCAUCGCUCAGGCACUGGGGGAGGCAGGAAACAUCGGUAGGGUUUUAAUUGGUGAUUUGUCGAAGCGUCCACCGGCCGAGCUACCUGCAAGCCAAGGAGAAGGGGAUGCUCGCGUCCCUGAACGAAACGAUCGCGAAGAAAGAUUGGAAAGCGAAGAAGUAGCUUAUGAAACUGUGCAAGAUGGAGGAAGUUUUGACAAGACAACGAAGUACUUCAGGGCAUCAAAAGGUGAAGGUUCCUCUGCUGCACGAGAGGAGGUGGAGGGAGCAACAGCUGAGGAAAACUCAUCACAACAUUUUUAUCAUGUUUUAGAUCACGAGAAUGGCCAAGUCAUCGAGCCUGUAGUGUAUUCUAGAGUGGACAAGAGAAAGAAGGGUGCAUCAAAACAGCCGGCUGAUGAAGAAAAAGAUGAGGAGUCUGUAAGUGAGUAUAGCAGCAGUGAUGAGUUGACGGAUGUCACCAGCCACGAUGAAGAGAGUACAACAAGUGGAGGACGAAGACACAGUGCUAGAGGUAGUAGAAAGGGUAAACAUGAUGGGCAAGACUCUGUCGAUGGAGUGUCAUCUCACGGGAAAAGACCAAGCACUAAGAGGAGAACCCCGGACACGAUACAGGAAGUCUCUGAAGAUGCUGGUCAAGACGAGGAUGGUGAGGUUCCUCCCCCCAUCCCACCUUACUUAGGAGACUCAAGCCCAGAGGCUCCUACACGUGGUAAAAAGAAAGGAAAAAGAUCUGCACAGGAUCAACUGGAUGGUCCGGGGCAGCCCCUGCCUCCUGUACCUUCAGACCCACCAGAGAACAAACUUACAGAUGAGCAGAGAAGAGCAUUGAAGGUGGUGGAGAGACUGGGCUUUGAAGGAGUGUCACAAAAACUUGCACUGAGUGAUGUCUCAGAGGAUUCAGAGAGCUGUAUGUCACCAGUAGUCCCCAAGAACACAACUGAUUUUAACGGAAGGACCACAUUUGAACGGGAACAGUUUAAAGAUACUUUGACAGAAAGUAAUGCACCAGUGUCUGAAGCAACAAUUGAGGAGGCAACCCUGGAUUUAAGUCAUACAUUUGCUGGGCUUGAUGGUUAUGAACCUCAAGAGGAUCUCCAGUCCCCAGUUGAGCAAUCAUGGCAGGAAGGUAAUCGUCCAAGUUUCAAAACGCAGGCAAAGAGAGCUAACAAAGUUUCUUCUUUUGUUCAUUUACUCAAUGAGCAAGAAAGACACAGACAAGCUGACUUGGCUGCUCAUGGGCCAGUGAAAGGGACAAGAGACCCAAGCCCAAGCCAGUCUGUUGGAAGUAGCCACGAUGGCCAAGGGUUUAUGGAUCCAGUUUUAAUACAGAGACUAGAGGAAGCCAGACAAGCAAAUGAGACAUCAUUUUUGGAAAGGCAGAAACAGUUAGAAACACUGGUGGAGCAACAGCAACAUCUGUAUCAGGAGCAGUUAGAACAGCAGAGAAUUCAACAACAGCAACAGCAGGAGGUUGUCAGGCAACAAUGGAAGCUGCAGGAACAGCUUAGGGCUUUGGAAAAAAUGCAGCAAGAAUUUAAUGAGAAUGCUGAUCUGUCACCACGAGGUCCAGCAGUCAGUGAGUCAGAUGUGAGACUCCAGCGAGAGCUAGUGCGACAGCAACAAGAAUUCCUUCAACAGCAGCAGGAGCAGUUGAAGUAUUCUCAGGAUCAACAAGCACAAGCUCUUCAACAACAGGAGAGGUUAUGUGAGCAGAUCAGGCAGCUAGAGGAACAGCAAAAACAGCUGCAGUCCAGCGUGAAUCUUCUGAGCCCAGCUGGUGAAGAUUUGGCAGAGAUUAAACAGCAAGAGCAACAAAUAGUCAAUCUCCUGAAUGAACAACGCCGACAGGAGAACGAACUUCAGAGACUGCACUUGCUGCAACAGCAAAGACUUGAGGAACAGAGCAACAGUUUUACACAUGAGAGAAAGGCUUUAGAGCAAAACCAAGAAAUGCUUCAAGGAAAAAUUAAAGAACAGGAGGUCAGGAGAAGACAGCUUGAGGAAGAGCUUGAAGACAUGAGGAGAAAACACGCAGAAUCCGAGGCACAGUGGAAGGAAAGAAUGAGUUUCAUGAAUAUGGAAUCAAAAGAUGGUGAAAGAAAAGAAAGGCUGGACACAAGAGAUGUCCAGGGUAAACUUAACAGCCCGUACUAUGAAAAAGGAAGACUGGGCAAAGGAGAAGACCAAGAUAAAUUUAACAGCUCGUAUUAUGAUAGAGAGAGAAGAGACAGAGCAGAAGAUCGAGCUAAUAUAAGAACUUCAUAUUAUGACAAAGAACGGAAAACAAGACAUAGGAUAUCUGAUGAGUCCUCUCAGUUUGAUGAGGCGAGACUUGGACAUAAAAGCCAGAGCUCAGACUUGUCUUACCGCGAUGAGAUUGAGGGAAAACAUAGUAGAAACAGGAGACAUGCUUCGGAUAGCUCACGUGGCGUCGAAACAGAGGGAAGACGAAGAGAUGACAGAGAAGAGAGUCCGCGACGCGGGCAGACAGGCAGUAGGAAAGGACAUGAAAAAUCUGAAAGAAAAUCAAGGAAAAGUCGUGAAAAGAAUGUCGAAUUUGAAACGGCGAUCAAGAAGACUGAAGCAGAAGUGACGAAAGUACAAGUUGUAAGGGAUGACGAGGUUUAUCGCUUGUCCAAAGGACGAAUUGAACUGCUUGAGUCAGAGAAAUCGGCCUUGAUGGAACUGAACACUUCGCUACAGGAAGAAAACAAAGCUUUGAAGCAACUGGCACUUUCUCUCCAAAAGGGAACUGGUGUCUCUUCCGUAGUUUUGCAAAAACAAAUCAAAGACUUGCACCAAGAACAGAAAGUUUUGCGGGAUACAGUUCAUCGACUCAACGUAGAACUAAGCAGAUAUCAAGCUAAAUAUCGACCGGUGUCAUUUGAGGAGGUGGAAGGCAUGGCAUUGCCUUACAAGAAAGAAGCCGCCCCAUGGCUGGUGAACACAAAGUUCUUGGCUCCUCUUUUCUUGGCGUAUGACGAUAGGCUGAAGGAAAAGGAACAGUUGAUCAGAACUUACGAUGUAAGUAAUAUGAAGCCUGACCGACAAAAGGCGUGUGUAGCAAAGACGCAACAUAGUUUCGAAGAAGCACGCGAGAAACGCGGAAGAGACUGGACACAACUUGGUGUUCGCGCUGCUGCGAUCACACCGUUGACGGUGAGGUGUUUCCCUCGCUCCGAUUUCCUCUGUAGGCAACAGCUUCAGGAGCAGGCCAAGCUUGUGGUGGAGGAGAAUGCUCUGUUGAUGGAACAGCAAGAAAUAAAAGACAGAAAAAUGAAGGAAAUGCAGCGGGUUCACGGACAGGAAGUUUCCAAGUUGUCGAAGCGGAUUUCAAGUCAAGAGUCCUCUCAGCGACGCCUAGAAACGGAGCUAGAUGACAUGCGUCGUUCCCAUAGCAACCUGCUGCGGCAGCACGAGUCUGUUGUAGCAGAUCAAGAGCACAAGAUGUCAGUUCAGGAACAUUUGAGGAUAAUGGAUGAAUGCAGAAGCGUCCUUGAAGACUUAAAAGCUAAGACGAAAUUAGAGACAGAGGAGUAUAACUCUCGACUGCAGGUGAGUUACUUUUUUACUUCCACGACUGAGUUUAAAUUAACACGAAAGGGAGAUACAUCCAUUCACACCCUUUAUCUUCCUUACCCCAGUUGGCGCGACUCGAGCGUCGAUAAAGAACUGGAACUAGUGUGGAAGAAAGCUGCCGCUGACAACAGGCGAAUGAAGGACACAGUUCGACAAAAGGGCGGCAUGUUCGAUUCGGACUCAGACCCCAAUGCUCACCUGUCACUCUCUUAUUAUGUCCACAGGAAAUCAGAGCGCAAGUUUUUGUUCCUUCAACGGAAGUUAGAACACAUACAGGAACGAGAGCUGACAGCACAAGAGACACUGUCCCAAGUUCUUACUGUGGCCGAGAAAACAGCCGCUGAGAGGGACAACUACGUACAAUUUGCCAAAACACAGAAGGUUCAACAGGAGAAAGCUGCUUCUAAAAUCCUUGCUGGAACUCAGAACAUUAAGGGACUCGAGGAAAAACUCCAGGUAGGGUUUAACGCCAAAACACAGAAGGUUCAACAGGAGAAAGCUGCUUCUAAAAUCCUUGCUGGAACUCAGAACAUUAAGGGACUCGAGGAAAAACUCCAGGUAGGCGUCCUUGAAGACUUAAAAGCUAAGACGAAAUUAGAGACAGAGGAGUAUAACUCUCGACUGCAGGCAAUCCAGAAGGAAAAGAGCAACGUAGCCAUAAAGUUUGCAGACGCCGAAGCAAAAAACGCUCAACUUGAACGAGAACUUGAAGCUUAUAAAAAGUCACUGAAGAAAUCAGAGCGCAAGUUUUUGUUCCUUCAACGGAAGUUAGAACACAUACAGGAACGAGAGCUGACAGCACAAGAGACACUGUCCCAAGUUCUUACUGUGGCCGAGAAAACAGCCGCUGAGAGGGACAACUACGUACAAUUUGCCAAAACACAGAAGGUUCAACAGGAGAAAGCUGCUUCUAAAAUCCUUGCUGGAACUCAGAACAUUAAGGGACUCGAGGAAAAACUCCAGGAAUACCGGCAAAAGGCCACUGACAAGGUCGCUGUAGUUACAGGAAGGUUGCGGGAGAAAGAGAAGGAGAUUAACAAACUUAAAGAGCAAUACGAAGGAGAAAUCAAUAAUCUUCGCGCCAUGGUCAGACAAAAACAACGUCAACUGGAAUUAAUGAUCGGAGAGAACAGGAGCGUCGAUAAAGAACUGGAACUAGUGUGGAAGAAAGCUGCCGCUGACAACAGGCGAAUGAAGGACACAGUUCGACAAAAGGGCGGCAUGUUCGAUUCGGACUCAGACCCCAAUGCUCACCUGUCGUCGGAAGAAGGGGAGGCUGCAUAGUCGGAUAGGCAAAGAAAUUGUAAAAAACGAUAGGAUUCAUUUGCGGACAUCGAACAAAGACUAUUUCGACCAAGGACAGGAGUUAAUGCUGGAUAUGAGGGAGUCUACUAGUAAAUAACUGGUUCGGUGUCUGGUUGCUUUUGAGAGGACAUUUAUUCACGCGAAUGAUGUCAAAGCUUAUCGCAGCUAACCUCUUUGAAGAUGAGCAUAUUUGAAAUAUGCUGUGUUAUGUUCAUAACGCCAUCAAAGUACCAUGUAUUUAUUAAAGAGUCAUGUACAGAAAAAAUAUUUCUAAAUGAUAAAUGUAAAGCUUAUUUUAGCAAUUUGAAAAUAUAAAACUGUACCUAAUAACCCGAAUGUAUCUUUAUUUCACUUCACUCUUUUGCUACUAAAAAAGCAAGGAAGCCUUCACCAACAUAACUGCUGGUUCUUCUUUAUAAUGAAAUACACAGAUUUUGCGCAAGUGACAUGCCCAAAAUAUUCAAGGUAACGCAUUUCCUGGCACGUAAUAAAACAUCCCACAGCAGACUCUCAAUAGACAAAAAAAAAA